UAAUGACACUUUUGAAUUCGCCUCUUCCUUUCUUCUCAUCACGGACCUCACUCCAUGUUCUCCUUCCUUUCCUUCAAAUUCUUCCUUCCUUCACCUCCUCUUUUCCCCAUUCCCACACUCACCAAACAACAGAAAAAAACCUUGUUCCUCCAUCAAUGGCAGAUCCAGUCUCAUACUCCAAGCCCCAUUUCCCACUCAAGGAGCUUCACAACUCUAAGCCCGUCACCAAAAUUAAUAAGUCGUCGUCGUCGUCAUCUUUCACUAGUCGCGUUCUCUGUAAGUCUCUCUUUUUUGUGCUCUUUCUUGUUCUUAUUCCACUAUUUCCUUCACAAGCUCCUGAAUUUAUCAGUCACUCUACUAUUUUCACCAAAUUCUGGGACCUUGCUCACCUUCUUUUCAUUGGCCUAGCUGUAUGUUAUGGCUUGUUUAGUAGUAGAAAUGUUGAAGAUUUUGACUUUGAACCACCAUCCCACUACUCCGAUGAUUCACAAUCAUCUUAUGUCUCUAGAAUUUUUCAUUUUUCUCCAAUUUUUGAAGAUGGGUCUGAAAAUUUGUCUGGGUUUGAUGACAAAAAUGUGUACCAGAAUUGGGACUCACAGUAUUAUAGAGGUGAGUCAAUGGUUAAUGAUACCACUGGUCUUGAACUGAACAAAAUUGGACAACGGUACUACAGGGGUGAGUCUAUGGUUGAUGUUGCUAAUGGUAAUGAACGAAACGAGGGUGGAUCUGCAGAUGCUGAAAAUGGCUUUGAAAAUUCAUUUGAGAAUGGUGAGAGUAAUGUGGUUCAAUCUUGGAAUUCCCAGUAUUUCCAACUUGAAUCAACAGUUGUAGUGUCUCAACCAAACUAUUCACUCGAUGAAUAUGGUAAUCGAGGACAAGCAAAUGGUUACAGGCCACUAGGAUUGCCAGUUAGGAGUUUAAAUCCGAGGGUUAGGAAUCUGGAUAGUCCUCAAUUUAGUAAUGGAAGCGAGUCUGGUACAAGCUUCUCGGGCUCGGGCUCGGCUGAUGGUUCUGGAAGGAGUGUAAAGGAGAAUGAUUUUGGUGAUAUGGGUCCUACGAACUUAGAGGGGAUGCUUGAUGAAACAGUAGCCUUACCUUCCCAAAUUCCAUGGCGUCCGAGAUUUGAGAUAAGGGAAAUUAGAGAGAAAGUGGGUUCUUCUGCUGGAGGUUAUUCACAUUUUAGGCCUCUCUCAGUGGAUGAAACACAGUUCGAGUCUCUCAAAUCGCAGUCUUUCAUAUCCACAACAUCUUUGUCAUCUCAAGGGAAUCCAGGUCCACAACAUUUCGAUCCUUCACAUUUUAGACCUCUCUCGGUUGAUGGAACUCAAUUCGAGUCUCUCAAGUUGCAAUCUUUCAGAUCCACAACAUCUUUGUCAUCUCAAGGGAAUCCAGGUCCGCAACACCUUGGUCCUUCACAUUUUAGACCUCUCUCAGCUGAUGAAGCUCAAUUCGAGUCUCUCAAGUCACAAUCUUUCAGGUCCACAACAUCGUUGUCAUCCCAAGGGAGUUUAGCAUCUUAUUCACCAACCACGCUCUCGCCCUCACGUUCCGUUUCUUCUGAAAUGCCAAACUCUGAAACUGAAGAAUUAGGGGAAGACAAGAGUUACCGUGCUUCUUAUCCUCCUGCUUCUCAACCACCAACAACCAGGAAGGCUGAUGCUCCAUUGAAUGCAUUUCAUUUGAGGAGAUAUAGUAGUGGCUCUUUAUUCCAAAAGGAUUCCCGGAGAAGCUUGAAGGAUGAGUUGAAGGAUUUGAAAGGGAAAAGAAAUGAGGAUACAAUGGGUAGUAGAGAGGCGGGGCAGGAUUCUUUGAGAUCAGAUCAGAGACCUGCAACACCUGUUAAAAUCUCAUCACUAAAGGGAAAAUCUGUUAGGACUAUCAGAGCCAGCCGAUAUGCUGCAGAGACAAUAAAAGCUGGAGAGAUGAGUAGAAACCACAUUGAUGACAAGGUUGGAAAAAUAUGCAAUGAAGCUCAGACAGUAAACAUGGGAAAGGAUGAAAUGGAGAGAGGGCAUGAUAAUAUGUUAAUUGGCGCCGAUAAAAAGAACUCUGAUACUCAGCAUCACAUGUCAAAGCCAACCCUUUCGAAGUAUAAGAAGAAAGAAAAUGAAGUAAUUUCAGAGAGUGUUACUGUGGAGUCCACAGAAGACUCAGAAAGCGAGAAUGAUAUCUCUCGAGUGAGUUCAGAUGAAGAUUCUGCUCCGGCCAUCAACAAUGACGCAGGAGACUACUCUAGUGAGGUUGAUAAGAAAGCUGGUGAAUUUAUAGCCAAGUUCAGGGAGCAGAUCAGGCUUCAGAAAGUAGCAUCUAGUGAGAGAUCAAAGGGCAAGCGCAUGAAUGGUACUUAUGUUAGGUGAAAGAUAAGCCUAUACUGCUCCCAGAUAGCUAACAACAUGGAGACUAAGUUGGUUAUUAUUCAUUUUUUAGAUGGUUUUCCUUCUAUUAUCCAUAUUACUCUGUGUUCUAAAUCUACUAUUGUAGAUACUAUAUACAGUUCUCUUGGAAUUGUGAAGUAUGAGCACCCACCACUUGAUAACACAAUUGAAGAUUUCAGGUCUUGGUCUGAUAGAA